AUGCCGGUCGGCCAAAACAACAACGCGGCAAGCAGCAUGCGGCAGGGGCAACUUGGCCUGGGUGGAGACAACACACAGAGAAAAAGAGCAGCACGACAAGCAGCGGCAGGCCUAGGCGCUAGGCAGCAGAGGAUGAUCUGGCCAAGAUCGGCGGCGAGCAGGGUACUGGUGGGUCAUCAAUUCGUCUCCGAACUCUCCGGCUUGGAGAAGACUAGAAUGCAAGGGGAACAGAGCGAGACCGUCAAGUACAGGAUAUUUGCUGGUACAUGGAACGUUGGCGGCAUGGCGCCGCCUGAUGAUCUUAGCUUGGAAGAUUGGAUGGACACCAAGACCGACUCCUACGACAUCUAUGUUCUUGGGUUCCAGGAGAUGGUGCCACUGAACGCGAGGAGCGUGCUUGGCCCGAAACAGAGGCGGGCAGCCAUGAAGUGGCAGCUGCUCAUCGGUGACGCAUUGAACAACAGGAGGCAUGGAGAUGGAGCUGCAGCAAUGCACGAUCAAGGAGGACAGGGCGGCUUGUUCAGGUGCCUCAUGAGCAAGCAGAUGGUCGGCAUCUUCGUGUCGGUGUGGACAAGGAGCAACCUCCGCCGGCACGUCCGCCACCCUGGCGUCUCCAGCGUCGGCGCCGGCGUCCUCGGCCGGCUCGGCAACAAGGGCGCGGUGUCCGUCCGGUUCUUGCUUCACGGCACGAGCUUCUGCUUCGUCUGCUGCCACCUGGCCUCAGGCGGCGAGGACGGCAACGCGCUACGCCGGAACGCUGACGCCGCGGGCAUCCUCUCCAGGACCAGCUUCGUCCGCUCCGGCGGCGCGCCGGCAGCACCGGAUGAGCUGCCCAAGAAGAUUCUUGGCCAUGACAGCGUGGUGUUGUUCGGGGACCUCAACUACCGGAUCUCCAUGGACGACGACGACGAGGCACGGCAGCUGGUGCGGGCCAGGAAAUGGAGCAUGCUGCUGGAGAACGACGAGCUGCUGCUGGAGCUCUCCAAGGGCCGUCAGUUCGAUGGUUGGCACGAGGGCCACGUCACCUUCGCCCCGACCUACAAGUAUCGCCGCAACUCCGACCAGUUCUACUGGUGCGCUGUCGACGGCGUCGCCACCGGCCGGCCGGAGAAGCAGCACCGCCACCGCGCGCCGGCAUGGUGCGACCGGAUCCUGUGGCGCGGGAAGGGGAUGAAGCAGGUCCGGUACGAGCGCUGCGGUGGCUACCGGCUCUCCGAUCACCGCCCGGUGAGGGCCGUGUUCCACGUCGUGUGCGAACUGGCGGAAGGCGUGGAUGGUUAA